GUACAAGUUGAAUUCGAUCUAGGGUUUUUCCAUACAGUAACAACAGUGUACUACGCAAAACUGUCAUGGAGUCGGACUACCAGAUCAUCAGGGAGCUGGGGAAGGGGGCGUUUGGAACAGUGUACCUCAUCAAACACAAAAGAGCACAGGAAUGGUUCGCCCUGAAAACUGUGGAUUUGUCAAAAGCCAACACCGAAGAGAGGGCCAGUGCCGAGAAGGAGGCCAAUCUGAUGCGAGAGUUGGACCAUGAUCACGUGGUGCGUUACGUGGCCUCGACCUUCAACGGGUCCACCCUCUUCAUCUUCACGGAGUACUGCGAGGGCGGGGAUCUGUCCCACUUCCUGGAAGACUCCAGCGGGAAACUGCCGGAAGACUUGAUCGUGUGUUGGGUGUAUCAGACAGCAGAGGCCUUGAAGUACCUGCAUCAGCGAAAGAUCCUCCACAGAGACCUUAAACCUCAGAACAUCUACUUGAGUGGCGAAGGGGACGUUAAACUUGGGGACCUCGGUAUUGCAAGGAUUCUGGACAAAGGAGCUGACAUGGCGUCCACAAUGGCAGGGACCCCGUGCUACAUGAGUCCCGAGAUAUUUCAGAUGAAGGGCUACAACCACAAGACUGACAUCUGGAGUUUCGGCUGUGUGGUGUACGAGAUGGCAGCGGGAGAGCGGGCGUUUGAUGCCCCUAUCAUACAAUUCCUCAUCUUCAAAGUGGUGGCUGGGAUAGUCCCUCCAAUUCAUGGUGACUACAGUAAUGAAUUGCGUCAGCUGGUGAAGUCGAUGAUGGCCAAAGACCCAGAUGACCGUCCCAGUGCUGCAGAUCUGCUAAACCGUAGCCCAGUCAAGGAAUUCAGAGAAAGUCCUCAAAGGCCUAAGAAAAUUAUGGAAAGCAAAGGAUUUAGGACCAAGUGGGGGACAUGUGAGUCAACGGUCGACGUGGCGAAGAUGUUUAAGGCCAUGAUGUUGAAUCCUGCCCCACCCUUCAGAGAGGGCGACAUACGCAUCCCUGCAGAUUCUCUCCAACUACACAGAGAAAGACUCGGUCUCACCGGAGUGGCUGAAGCUGCACAGGCCACCGGAGGCGGAGCGGCAGGAAUAUAUGGGACCAUUAUGGCUCCAAAACAAAAGGCCAAGCAGAAAGUUGCCGACAAGAAAAUAGAGGUGACCCUGAAACCCGAAAAGUCGAGGACAGAGAUGUCCGAAGGAAGAGCCGCCAUCAUGAAUGCAGUGGUGCGGGGCCUGAUGGGAAAGAUGGUGUCGACGGAUGUGAGCCAGGACAGAACAGUCCGCGAUUCUUUCUCGAGCUCGUCUUCUUCAGAAUCGGACAUGGACACCACACUUGGCGCCAGUAAAGGAGCCACCGACAAGAAAGCAAUAGAGGCUCAAUUCCUCAUGCGACAAAUACAGGUGUUGCAGAGACACUGUGCCGAAGGGUUGGGGCAGAGUACCUUGACGAAUGCUUACUCCAUCCUGGAGUCGGUGACCGACGCUGGCCAACUGAAGGCCCGCCUCGUGAAGUUGAUUGGGGAGGAUAAGUUCCGGCAAUAUGGCGAGAAGAUCAUGUACUUGCGUCUGUUCGAAGUCGGAUUAGACAAGGUCCAAUCUCAGAUGGGAAAGUAACUCCUUAUAGAAUAAUAAAAGUUCAGUACAACUGAUGACAACGGACAUGAGGAGCAUAGGAACUCUGCCAACCGGUCAACUGUACGUACGACCUCUCGUGACGGAAUGCUGCGGGUAGUAUUCACAAACACUGGUGACGGAAAGCUGCGGGUAUUAUUCACAAACACUCGUGACACAGGAGGCACGUGGCACCGACUCGGGCGACUGGGGCAUCGUGAAUACUCUUAUUAUUUUGAUGUAACAAUUUACAAUGCAAACAGAAUGUGUCUUCACCAGCUAAACUGAAACUAAAUAGAAAAUGUCUGUCUUUGUUAAAUUCUUAUUUGAAAUAUCGCUUCUGGACCAUCGCUGAUCCCCAUGCUUGUACAGAAGCAGUAGCAUGGUUAAAUUACCGUUAUGUGCGGGCUUAGCGGGAGUAAAACCGGCCCAGUAUAACUGCGAGUGUAUUCUCCGUUUGUCUUAUGCCAGUCAUUUGAAGGUCAUAGUGCGAGAUAUACAUAACCGUAAUUAUUCUAAUGAAAGCCCAGAAGGUAUUUGACUUCGGCGCACAAGUAUUCAUUACCUGUGAUAACGGUGGACUUUGUUUCCGAAACAUGGGAACAAGGUACCAGUCCUCAUAUACUACGGCUUUUGUGCAAGAAGUAUGUUUUCUUAUCGAAUAUUCUUAUCAUUAUUAUAUCAUUGGUCUCAAGUAUAUAUAGAAUAUUUGCCAUAUAUUGUGCUUUGUUGUUCACGUGUGUGUUAUUCCAUAUCAAUGUGAUAAAAGAAUGUCUUAUAGUAAGUACUGAAAAUGUGUCAUCCAGACAUUAUAUUAUAAAUGUGAUUGCCAUUGAUUCAGUGGGAUGUCUUGAUCCCAUGUGAAAUAAACACACAAUUACUCAGAUGGGAAGAUUGUGGUGAGUGAAUUGGGUUCAACACCGCUCUGAACAGAAUUAAGUAUUGUCAGUGAAUAGCUCUGAGUCAGUUAUAUGAAAGCUCGUCAGCUGAAUGUGGGACGAAUGUCUGAUGUCAUUCAGUUCAUAGAUGUUUAAUGUGAAAGACAAGCACACGGCUGACAAUUACGGCGAAUUGGGAUUCGAACCCAAGAUGAAAGGAUCUUGCACAGCGACUUGGGGAGCAUCAGACGACUGGGCACACAUAAGACUUUGGAAGGAUACUCCACCGGGUACUAGACCCCUUGACGAUGUCUGGUGUUAAUAGGUCCCCACCAACCUAUGCUUGUCGUACGAGGCGAAUUAAUGGAUCAGGUGGCCUGGCUCGUUGAUUUGGGUGAGAAUAGGUCAUCGUACCCAGGCGGCGUGGACCGUUACUCAUAACAUUGUUACCGGGUUUUUCUGACAUGACUCGAUUAUCUACAGGCUCCGUCAUACAGCUGAGAUAUUGCUAAGUGCGGCGUCACGACAAGUAACUAACAAACCACCACGAGGUAAUGACACAAUACGUGAAACCCAUUCUUGAUCUUCUUUUACCUGAUACUGUCGCGGUACUGCUUUCAGUGUGUAAACCGUUCGUUUCUUACUCAUGAAUGUAUCCACACAAACAAAUGUGAAUUUACAAAUCUUGUACGUUCA